AUGUCAAGUACGGCCGCAAAAUACAUUGAAGCUUUCAAAGCUGCGGAUAAAGAUGGCAGCGGAACCUUAACCCGUGACGAACUAGCCACAGUUCUCAGGGAAAAUGGAAUGACGCCAGCCAAAGCCGACGUAAGUUAA